CUAGAACGCACAAAGUUUUUGUUUUCGCACCAGAUUCUAGGGACUUCUGGAUAAAAUGACUAGCUGCGUGCCAGCGCAGCAGCAAAAGGACCGAGAGCAGUUGCUGAAGGAACUGAUCAAUAGUGGUGACGAGAUGGACGACCCAGACGAUUCAGAUGAUCCAGAUCAGCACCAUCAUCAGCUGGUAGAGCCUACGUUCUCUUUUUCGAAUAGCAACACCUGCUGGGUGUGUAAUGGCUAUUAUGGACCCAACUUUGGGGAACCAUUAUGCGGCGCCUGCCACGCCUUUCUAUACAAUGCUCAGCGGGCGGAAGAACUGCUGACCGAGCUUUCCGACGACGAGGACUCUGGGAACGACGAACCUCCUUUCAAGGACAAGCAAGAGGACGAAGAGACCGAGAAUGAUGUGGACAUCAUGGGCUUUGAGGAUCUGGAAGAUCCAGAACCGCCAGCCGUCGCUCAGCACGCCAAUCCGCAGCCACCAAUAGAACCGCAGAAUGAGCAGCCAAUUAUGCCCGCUCUCGAUCUGCCCCAGCAGGCGCCAGAAGCGGCGGCACAACCACGUGAGUCUCCGGAGCGCGACUUUGAGCAGGAACGGGCUGUAAAUCCCUUCCUGUUGCCCAUCAAGCGUCCUCGGGCUACGGCUCCAUUGGCCUUGCCUCAUUACAUGCAGGAAUUGGGCGAUGGAAGGGCGCGAGCUCAUGAAUAUAACGCCGCCGGUGGAAGCGGAGCAAGUGGCAGCAGCAGGAAUAUUGUAAAUAUUAUACCGGUUGAGGUAAUGCUAAAAAUAUUUGCAUAUCUGGACGACAUGUCGCUGUGGAUGGCCAGUGAGGUAUGCAAGCAAUGGCACGACAUCGUCGGAAAGAACACGGCCCAGAGCAUGUGGAAGUCUUAUAUUAAGCAGCGCUGGCCGCUGUUCGAAAAUUUGACGGAGAAUCCCAACUGGUACCGCCUGUACGGGGCACUAAUGUCAUCCUGCUUCUGUCGCACAUGCCUGAUUGAGAUGGGAGGACGGGGUCAGGACUCGCAGCACGCAGAUCAACAACUGGGAGAACGAGAGCCGGGCAACGUAAUGCGCAACAACUUUCUGCGCGGCGAGGCGAAUUUGCUGAAUAGCUACGACUCUGAGGGCAUAUCGGCUAUACCGCUGGAUCGCCAGAAUAACUACUGGCAAGCCACAAUCCUGGGUCCACCCGGUAGCCCUUACGAGGGCGGCAAGUUCUUCCUGUUUAUCUAUUUUCCGGAACGCUAUCCGAUGACACCACCCACAGUGCGAUUCCUUACAAAGAUCCUGCAUCCGAAUGUGUCGCGGCACGGUGACGUGGGCAUUGAUAUCUUCCAACAGCACAACUGGUCGUUGGCGCUGAACGUGGCCAAGGUACUGCUGUCGGUCCAGAGCCUUCUAACCGAUCCGUACACCGAGGUCUGCAUGGAGCCAGAACUGGGAUAUAUAUACGAACACGAGCGUGACCGAUUCGAGCAACUGGUUCGGUCCUGGACCUGGAAGUACGCCAUGUUCGAGCUGAUUGUACCGCGUUAGAGGAUCGAUAGCCCUCCGAGGACAUUGGACUGAAAGUUGGAAACUACCCCUCUUUACGUUGUAACUACAUAUGUCUGUGUAUUUAGCUUAGUUGUGCCAUUUGGAUUGUUUAUUUUGGCCUCUCUCUCACUUAUCCCGCGCCCCAGGUCACAACAUAGUCGAAAUUACUUAACCUAAUAAUAAAUGUAUGCUUUAAGUUA